ACCUUGCUUUUCAGCCCCAUAACCCCAUCAGCCUCCGCCCAGCAGCUCCACUGCGGACAACAAUGACGGAUAACAUACCGUUACAGCCCGUACGACACAAAAAACGACACGACAACAAACGAAGAGACGGGUGUUGCCCUUGCCCAUGGUCCAGAUGUUGUGGAGGGGGAGAUUUCCGUCCGCGGACAGUGUGGUUGGGCCAUCCGGAAAAAAGGGAACAGAGAUACCCAAGAAAUGUCAUAAACAACCAGAAAUACAAUUUUUUCACCUUCCUUCCUGGGGUGUUGUUUAACCAGUUCAAAUACUUCUUCAACCUGUAUUUUCUGCUGUUGGCCUGCUCUCAGUUUGUGAAUGAACUCCGAUUAGGGGCCUUGUACACUUACUGGGUUCCUCUGGGGUUUGUGUUAAUUAUUACAAUCGUGAGGGAAGCGGUCGAAGAAAUUCGAUGUUUUCUACGAGACAAAGAGGUCAAUUCACAGAUCUACAGCAAACUCUCCACAAGAGGAACUGUGAAGGUGAAAAGCAGUGGCAUCCAGGUUGGAGAUCUUAUCAUUGUUGAAAAGAACCAACGUGUUCCAGCCGACAUGAUCUUCCUAAGAACCUCUGAAAGAAAUGGCUCCUGCUUUCUAAGGACUGAUCAGUUGGAUGGAGAGACAGAUUGGAAACUACGCCUCCCAGUGGCCUGUACUCAAAGACUCCCCACUGCUGCUGAUCUACUGCAGAUCAGAUCGUUUGUUUACGCUGAAGAACCAAACAUUGACAUCCACAACUUCAUCGGUACCUUCACCAGAGAAGAUGGUGACCCUCCAGUCAAUGAGAGUCUGAGUAUUGAGAACACUCUUUGGGCGAGCACUGUCAUUGCCUCUGGCACAGUUGUUGGUGUGGUGAUUUACACUGGUAAAGAACUACGGAGUGUAAUGAAUACCUCGAACCCAAGACAUAAGAUCGGUUUGUUUGACCUGGAGGUGAACUGUCUGACUAAGAUUUUGUUUGGUGCUCUGGUCGUGGUGUCGCUAGUGAUGGUGGCUCUACAGCACUUCGCUGGUCGCUGGUAUCUCCAGAUCUUCCGUUUUCUCCUGCUCUUCUCCAACAUCGUUCCCAUCAGUUUGCGUGUGAAUUUGGACAUGGGCAAAAUGGUGUUCAGUUGGAUGAUCAAGAAAGACUCCAAGAUCCCAGGAACGGUUGUUCGAGCCAGCACCAUACCAGAACAACUAGGCCGAAUCUCUUAUCUCCUCACAGAUAAAACUGGCACUCUCACUCAGAACGAGAUGGUUUUUAGGCGAUUACAUCUUGGAACUGUGGCUUAUGGGAUGGACUCAAUGGACGAAGUGCAGAGUCACGUGUUCAGUGCUUACACUCAGCCCCCUCAAGACCUACAGGCCUCUCGUGCACUGGGUGCCACCAAAGUGAGGAAGACCAUCAGCAGUCGAGUGCAUGAGGCAGUGAAGGCCAUCGCACUGGUGCACAAUGUGACACCAGUGUACGAGUCUAACGGUGUGACAGACCAAGCAGAGGCUGAACAGCAUUACGAAGACACCUGCAGGGUUUACCAGGCCUCCAGUCCUGAUGAGGUGUCUCUUGUUCAGUGGACAGAGAGUGUGGGUCUGACACUGGUUGGUAGAGAUCAGUCCUCUAUGCAGCUGAGGACACCUAGUGGACAGAUUCUGAACUUCACAAUCCUGCAGAUUUUCCCUUUCACCUACGAGAGCAAACGCAUGGGCAUCAUAGUGCGGGAUGAAUCCACAGGAGAGAUCACGUUUUACAUGAAGGGAGCUGAUGUGGUGAUGGCCGGCAUCGUUCAGUACAACGAUUGGCUAGAGGAGGAGUGUGGAAAUAUGGCCAGGGAAGGCUUGAGGGUGUUAGUGGUGGCCAAAAAAUCCCUAACUGAAGAACAAUACCAAGAUUUUGAGGCUCGCUAUGUCCAGGCCAAGUUAAGCGUGCACGAUCGCUCGCUGAAGGUUGCUACGGUGAUUGAGAGUUUGGAGAUGGAGAUGGAGCUUUUGUGUCUAACCGGAGUGGAGGACCAACUACAGGCCGAUGUCAGACCCACGCUGGAGAUACUACGAAAUGCUGGCAUCAAAGUAUGGAUGCUGACCGGAGACAAAUUAGAGACUGCAACCUGCACAGCUAAGAACGCUCAUCUAGUGACCCGCAAUCAGGACAUCCAUGUGUUCAGGCCUGUAACCACUCGAAGUGAAGCUCACCUUGAGCUCAACGCCUUCAGGAGGAAACACGACUGUGCGCUGGUGAUAUCAGGAGACUCUUUGGAGGUCUGUCUAAAGUAUUAUGAGUAUGAGUUUAUGGAAUUGGCGUGUCAGUGUCCAGCUGUUGUGUGUUGCCGCUGUGCUCCGACACAGAAAGCUCAGAUUGUUCGUCUGCUGCAGGAACGCACUGGUAGACUCACCUGUGCCGUGGGGGAUGGAGGAAAUGACGUCAGCAUGAUCCAGGAAGCGGACUGUGGUGUGGGAGUGGAGGGCAAAGAAGGGAAGCAGGCAUCUCUGGCGGCCGAUUUCUCCAUCACUCAGUUUAAACACUUGGGCAGACUUCUGAUGGUACAUGGCAGAAACAGCUACAAACGCUCCGCCGCACUCAGCCAGUUUGUUAUUCACCGGAGUCUCUGCAUCAGUACCAUGCAGGCCGUGUUCUCCUCUGUCUUCUACUUUGCAUCUGUUCCGCUGUAUCAAGGCUUCCUUAUUAUCGGGUACUCCACUAUCUACACCAUGUUCCCCGUUUUCUCCCUUGUUUUGGAUAAAGAUGUCAAGUCGGAGGUGGCCAUGUUAUAUCCAGAACUAUAUAAGGAUCUUCUAAAGGGACGGCCUCUCUCGUUCAAAACCUUCUUAUUAUGGGUGUUGAUCAGUAUCUACCAAGGUAGCAUCAUUAUGUAUGGAGCUCUGCUGCUGUUUGAGUCAGAGUUUGUUCACAUCGUGGCAAUCUCAUUCACCUCUCUGAUCCUGACUGAGCUACUGAUGGUGGCGUUGACCGUGCAGACAUGGCAUUGGUUAAUGAUCGUAGCUGAGCUCCUCAGUCUUGCCUGCUACAUCGCAUCUCUCGUCUUCUUACAUGAGUUUAUUGAUGUGUAUUUUAUUGCCACCCUGUCUUUCGUGUGGAAGGUUACGGCCAUCACUUUGGUCAGCUGCUUGCCACUCUACAUCCUCAAAUAUCUGCGUCGACGGUUCUCCCCUCCGAGCUACUCCAAACUGACCUCUUAAAGUCCACUUCUGCAUCCUAGAACAAAUAAAAAUAAAACAACAAAAAAAA